GACAGAAGCAGUGAAGGUAGUGCACACGGGUUAACUACAUGGUUAUUUGCUUCUGUCUACGUUACCUGUUUCCCAAAAUUACUAUCAACUUUUUUUUUUAGCAAGACAGCUGCAUAGUUAUUUUUUGUGUGUGCUGGCGAUAAACUAUUUUUGGUUUGAACUAGGUUUGCAGUUCGACCAGUUCGUGCAAAAUGAAUAGUUCCAUACGGUAACCGGAGGAGGAAAAGCACGGUGGUUUUGUUCUACGCCGUCUUAGGUCCGUGGGCUGGUCGAAGCUGUGGCUUUUUUAAUUGGCUUUGAUGGUAUGGACGGACAGGCUGCCUGAGAACAACAAAACAAGCAGGUGGAGAUCCCUCUCAGCAAAUACCAGUAAAACAGGCGUGUCCAGCCACAGUCCUGGAGGGCCAUUCCACUCGCAGUUUAACAGAUUAGGAUUGUAAGUGACGGUCACCAUGAAUGGAUACGUUUCUUCAAAUUACCCUGUCGGGGGGCUGGUGACCAAUGGAGUUGGUUCCCAGUCUCCUGAGCUCUCUGGAAAGGACACAGCCUCCUCUAAGAGCAGUGCAAAGGCCUUGUAUGAGCAAAGGAAGAACUAUGCGAGGAACAGCCUUUCCAGCAUGUCUGAGACUACACAGUACCGGGUUGAGCACCUGACCACCUUUGUGAUGGACCGCAAGGAGGCCAUGGUGACCAUGGAGGACGGGCUCCGGAAGCUAAAGCUGCUGGACGCUAAGGGGAAGGUGUGGACCCAGGACAUGCUGCUGCAGGUGGACGACAAGGCAGUCAGCCUUAUCGAUGUGGAGACCACGAAUGAGCUGGAGCAUUUUCCCCUGAGCACAAUCCAGCACUGCCAGUCUGUGAUGAAUGCCUGCAGCUACGACUCCAUCUUAGCGCUGGUGUGUAAAGAACCGGGCCAGGCCAAGCCAGACCUGCACCUCUUCCAGUGCGACGAGAUCAAGGCGAACCUGAUCCACUCGGAUAUUGAAAGCGCAAUCAGUGACAACAAAGGUGGGAAGCAGAAGAAAAGGUCAGACACACUCAGGAUGAUUUUGAAGAACGACAGUGCAAUCCCUCCGCCCCCCUCUGCCCCGGCACCGGUCCCCCCUGCCACUGUUACUCAGGUGGAUGUGAAGAGCAGGGUGGCAGCCUGGUCAGCCUGGGCAGCUGCUGAGAACCAAGACUGUGAUAAGCAGAAGAUGUUUCCAGAGUAUGAGGAGACCCUGGAGAUGAUGGGAGCGCGCGUGGUCCGCGAUGUGCAAAUUCUAAACCAUCUUUUGGACGACAUUGAGUAUUUCGUCACCAAACUUCAGAAAUCAGCUGAAGCCUUUUCUGAACUGUCAAAGAGGAAGAAAUCCAAGAAAAGUAAAAAGAAGGCACCGGGAGAGGGAGUCCUGACUCUUCGGGCGAAGCCACCGACUCAAGAACAGUUUGUCGACUGUUUACAGAAGUUUAAGCAUGCCUUCAACGUGCUGGGCAAGUUACAAUCCCACAUUGAGAACCCAAGUGCCACCGAUCUGAUCCACUUCCUGUUCACACCUCUCAACAUGGUGAUCCAGACCACAGGGGGGGUAGAACUGGCCAGCAGCAUCCUCAGUCCCUUGCUAACGAGAGACUCUGUUGACUUCCUGCACUCCUGCCUCACUCCAGUGGAAAGGCAGUUGUGGGUGUCUCUCGGCGAUGCCUGGACCAAACCAAGGAGUGACUGGCCCAAGGACCAAUACAUCCCCACCUAUGUGCCUCGGUUCCGCAACGGCUGGGAGCCACCCCUGCUGAGCUUCAUGGGGAGCCAGCGGGAGCAAGACCUCCACCAGCUGGCAGAGUCUGUGAGCCAGGCUGCUGAGCACCGCAGAGAGGAGCAUCGCAGGCUGUCCCUCGAGCAACCCAGUGUCCAGGACUUCCCUCCAGCCGAUGGGUAUGCAUUCAGUAACACAGCUUUCAAACGAGGGCUUCCUCUGGACCAGGAGUCAGCCGUGGCUGCCUUUAAGCAGGUGGUCAGCCGGCAUGUAGAUAGAAAUUACGAAGCCCAUGGGAAACCCCAACCAAAGAACUUUGCCAAAUCCAAGUAUGACUUUGUAGCGAGAAAUGGCACUGAGCUCACUGUGUUGAAGGACGAAAUCUUGGAGGUGCUUGACGACAGGAAGCAGUGGUGGAAGGUUAAAAAUGUGAGUGGUGCUUCUGGGUACGUGCCAAACAACAUCCUGGAAAUUACCAGAGCAAACCAGGAGCUGGGGGUCGGGAGAGCGGAACCCCUGUACAGCCACACCAUCCAGAAACAGAAGACAGACCCGAAACAGCUGAAUCCCAUCCCCCCAGCCCCCUCGCCGGGGAGGGGAGGCGGCCCCCCAGCUCCGCUCCCCACCCCUCCCUUGGUGCCCGGGCCCUUCGCUGGGGGGUGGCGCCCCCCCGCCAACGUGAGCCGACAGAACAGUGGCAACUCCAGUGACAGCGGGAGCAUGGUGCUGAGAGAGAGCCAGCGGGACAGGCAGCUCCCAGUCAACCGCAGGAAGUCUCACAUGGAGGAGGUGCAGGACGAGCUCAUGCACAGGCUGACGAUCGGGCGCAGUGGGGCCCCCAAGAAGAUCCAGGGGCCCCAGAGAGGCAGCAGCAGUGCGGGAGGGCCGGGGGUCGUCCUCUCGUACAGUUCCCCCCCAGAGGAGGUGAAGGCCUGGCUGCAGGCAAAGGGAUUCAGCCCUGUGACCAUCACCAGUCUGGGAGUGCUGACGGGGGCCCAGCUCUUCUCUCUCAACAAGGACGAGCUGCGGACUGUGUGCCCAGAUGAUGGGGGUCGAGUCUACAGCCAGGUCACUGUGCAGAAGGCUACUCUGGAGGGCUCGAGUGGCUCGUCAGAGCUGCAGGAGAUCAUGCGGAGACGGCAGGAGAAGCUCAGCUUAGUGGCCUGUGACUCCGGGGUCGAGUCCUUCGACGAGGGAAGCGGUCACUAGAGAGCCGUGUGUUAACCUUCCCUUCCUGUGCAUUGUGUUUUAGGACGCAGUGGACAGAACAGCCGCUUUCAGUAAGAUCAUACGCCAGCGUCAAGAGCUGUUGGAUCAGUGACCCCCGAACCAUGUACCAUCACACUGUAGCUUACCAGGAGAGCAAAUGCUUAAUACCUUUAUUCAUUUUGGAAAUUGAACACAUACCCUUUCUGAAGACUUUUGUCCAAGUUACCCAAAUAAAAGCACAAGUGAAAAAAGGGUACUUGUUGCAGUAAAGUGUUUUAAAAAUUAUGAUUAAUUGAUUGUCUAAGUAUUAUUAUUAUUGUUGUUGUUUAUUAUUUACAUUUGGUUCAUUAGACAACAAGUAUAUAUUUUUGUGUGCUUUAUGUUGAUUUUGAGGAAUGCCAAAAAAAAACACAACAUUUAAGGGUAAGAUUAAGAAGACUACAGCUAUGGAAAGUCUUCAGUAUACAAAUGACUUGGGUUUUUUUGUUAGAAAUAUGAAGUGUGGGCUUGUACACGUCCAAUAAUUGUUGUAUAUUAAGCUGCUAAGAAUGUGGUCUUUGUGCGCUGUGCUGAUUCGGGCCCCUUCAUCAAUCUCACUGCAUCACAGGUUAUCCAUUCUUCAUGGCAAAUUAAAACAGCUUAGUGGCACUCGAUAAAAAAAAUACAGUCCUUGUGUUGUUUCCGUUCCAUAGUCAGAUUCAAUCAAGGCACCUCCUUUCUAUAUUAACGUCAGGGCUUUUUUCAUGCAAGUUUGUGACACUGAUGCAAACACACUUCAGGGGAAGUUCAUGAGAAGUCAUCUUGCGUCUGAUAGUUUGAUUGACUCGCCUCAACAAAGCGUCACAAAGCAGUUUUGUAUUGUUUUGAUGGUAUCUCCCAUCAUCUGUUAAACACUCAAUACUGCUGGAUUUAGACUAGAAUAUAUUUUUCAAUUUGCAGCAGUGAAAAAUAAUUAUCGUAUUGCACAGCAGUCACUCAUUCCAGGUUUUGGUAUGUGCUUAAUUAACACCAGUGUCUAGGUAACCAGCUCAGGUGUGUUUUAUCAAACUCGCAGUAAAACCAGGUAUGGAUCAAACUGCUAUGCAAUGGGAGUCUUAUUGCCUUACCUGAAAUCUGUCAGUUUCUUCUUAGGACAGUCAGAGGAUAGGACAAGGGAAGGGGGAGGACUUGUUGGAACCACAGUGCUUGAACAGGCACAGUCAAUGGAUUAGGCCAGUAUAACCCUCCUUUGACUAGCUAAGAGAACAGAAAGGGAGUUUCAAGUGUUUUAGGCAAUAUUAAAUAAACCAGGUUAUCAAAUUGCUUGAUAUAGGUCGUUUUUGUGUGCGUGUUCGACCAUAAAUGGAAUUAUCUGACCAAGGCUCAUGGCAGUGUAGAUUAGGGAUAUUGAAACAGUGGUGCCGUCUGGAUUUUAAUGGGUUCACAAACUAAGGUGUGAUCCUUUGAGCGGCCUGCUUGACUGCUAUGCUAUGAAGUGAACCCUCCCCUUUGAACAUUCCUACCGGAUUUACCCUCUUGGCACCUCCAGCACACCUUGGGCUACCCCACUCUCAAUAGUCAAUGCCCACAUUGCUCAAGUUCUGUUGUGACACUGCUGCAAAGUGACCUUGUCGCUUUGUCUGUUUAAUGGCUGUGAAACCACCUCUGCAAGAACAAGAUUUUCACAUUGCUGUUCUGUGCCAAUGCGAGUCAGAGUCUGUGCUUCUGUUGUAUGCAGUCAGUCCCAUUGUGACACAGCAAGCUAGUGGAUGGAAUGGAACGUGAGGGAUUGUUCUGUGAGAUUGAUCCCGGAAACUAAGCAUACAGUAAUUGUCUCAGAGAUUUUGUACCCCCUUACUGCAGGCACAUUUGAGUUUUUUGUUAAAUAAAACCCAAAGCUCGUGUACAAAGUGUACUUUUUUUCAGUUUCUGGUGUCUGUUGUAAACGUGUUCUUUAGAAAAUGAUUUUGUUUGUAACUUGAUUCUUGCACCCCUCUCCCCUAUUUAUGAUAUGAAAAAUGUAAAAAAAUAAAUAUAUUGUUUGAAAAGUAGUAAAUGUUUUUUUGGAGACAUAGCUUGUGAUUGUAUUUUAUUUUUUCCCCCAAAAUGAAAAUGUGCAAUCUGUUGCUUAAAUGAAAAAGUUAAUGUAUAUUUGAGAAUAAUCCAUGGAGAAUGAUUUAUAAUUGUAUUUGUAUAGUCUUUGUGGUGCCUUUUUCCCCCACAUGAUCCUGCUGAAUUUCUGCAAUAAACAGUAUUCUGUA